AUGUCGGGAUAUGGCAAGUUCAUGAAAGAAUUAGUCACAAAGAAAAGGAGCUUGGAUUUUGAGACAAUUGAAGUUUCCCAUAGUUGCAUUGGAAUUAUGACUAAAGUGUUGAUCAAAAAAAGAGAAGAUCUCGGGGCAUUCUCCAUUCCUUGCACCAUUGGCAUGCUCAAAUUCGCUAAAGAUUUAUGCGAUUUGUGGGAAAUCAUCAACUUAAUGCCAAAUGCUAUAUACAAACAAAUUGGGUUGGGUGAACCAAAAGAAACCACAAUGAGACUCUUAAUGGUUAACCGUUCAAUCAAACAUCCUGUAGGGAUACUUUACGACAUCUUGGUGAUGGUUGAUCAGUUCAUUUUCCCGGCUGAUUUUGUCAUUCUUGAUUGUGAAAUAGUUGUUGAAAUUAACAUUAUUUUUGGAAGACCAUUCUUAGCAACUGGAACAGCAUUGCUGGAUGUUGAAAGCGGGGAGUUGAUGUUUCGGGUAAAUGAAGAUGAAGUAACCUUCAAUGUUUGUAAGUCAAUGAAACACCUAAGUGAUAUCCAUGUGGUGUCCACCGUUGAAGUUAUUGAUGACGCGGUGGCUAGCGUGAAUCAAUUGAUGUGCAUGAGCGACCCUCUUGAAAUCGUGCUUGCUAACUAUGAUGACAUCAAAAUUAAAGGCUAUGAAGAGGUAGUAGCCGCUCUUUCAGGGUUGGGGGAUUUCAAAGACUCCAUUGAAAUUGGACAUUGA